CCCCAGGCUCCAGCCCACUUGGGUCCUUGGCAUUGGUGGCAGGAGCACUUGGGCCAUGGUGGAGGACAGGGCGCAGCAGCCGCAGCUGGACAUGCCGCUAGUCCUGGACCAGGGCCUGACCAGGCAGAUGCGGCUACGCGUGGAGAGCCUGAAGCAGCGCGGGGAGAAGCGCCAGGAUGGGGAGAAGCUCCUGCAGCCAGCGGAGUCCGUGUACCGCCUCAACUUCACCCAGCAGCAGCGGCUGCAGUUCGAGCGCUGGAAUGUCGUGCUGGACAAGCCGGGCAAGGUCACCAUCACAGGCACCUCGCAGAACUGGACGCCUGACCUCACCAACCUCAUGACACGCCAGCUGCUGGACCCCACUGCCAUCUUCUGGCGCAAGGAGGACUCGGAUGCCAUGGAUUGGAACGAGGCCGACGCCCUGGAGUUUGGGGAGCGCCUGUCAGACCUGGCCAAGAUCCGCAAGGUCAUGUACUUCCUCAUCACCUUUGGCGAGGGUGUGGAGCCCGCCAACCUCAAGGCCUCCGUGGUUUUUAACCAGCUCUGACAGCAGCUGCCAGCUGCUGCUUUCCUCUAGCCCACCUGUGUUCUCCCCUGCCCCUGCCACCUUCCCCCCUGUAUUUUUGGGGCCAUUAUUCUCGCUGCUCAGCCUGUCCUCAGCUUGCCCAGAGGCCCCCUGAGUCCCACACCUUUCCUCCUCUGCUUCUCCCUGGUGCCAGCACUCCAGCUCACAGGAAGAAGAUUCCAAGGCUCCAUAGCCUAGAAGCUGGACUGGCUACUGCAUUGCUAUAGACGAUAGAGGCCUACUCGGUGCCAGUGUGCAUGGACAGAGAAGCCAAGGCCAUCUGCCUUCUCUCUGCUUCGUUGUGGGAGAGAGAGACUGAGAAAGACCAAGAGAGACGCAGAGACAGAGAUUGAGAAAUCCGGCAUCCACUUCCUCCAGAGUCAGGGAGACGGAGAUGAUGGGGGCAGUCUCCACGGGGAGUCCAGCAAGCUGGCAUUCACUGCUCCCUGGCCUCGGUGCCCUUUGCCGGAGCCUGUGUCUGGGCUGCUGGUCCCAUAACGCGUUGGCAACCCUCAGGAUGUGGGGCAGAGUUGCUGCAGGGGUGGAUUUGGGCAGUGGAGAGUGGCUGGCACCCUGGAGGCUGUGUAGGCCCAGCUGUGGCUCUUCUGGGCCUGACUUCAGGGUGGAGAA